UAUUUUUCGAUGUUUCUUCUCGUAGACGCAAUAUGCGACUUGUUUUGACGCGUAAACUUGUGCUACGGCAUUAUGCGCCCUCCCUUGUUCGCUUUUCUCACAAACAAUUCAAUGAUGAUUACACGGCGAAGGAUUUUUUACCCCGAGACUAUAAAGGAUUCGUUGAGGAUAAAUGGUCAUCUGUCGUUCUGGAAUCUUCCAAAGCGGGAGAAGAAACCUCGAAGAGCGAACCGCAUAAGUACAUAAUGUCAAUGUUUCCGUAUCCUUCUGGAAAAUUGCACAUGGGGCAUGUGCGAGUGUACACCCUCACCGAUGUGCUUGCUCGAUUUUUUCGGCUGAGGAAGUUUCGGGUGAUCCAUCCAAUGGGAUGGGAUGCUUUUGGGCUUCCGGCGGAAAAUGCCGCCCGAGAGCGAAAUCUAACUCCAGAUAAAUGGACUUAUGCGAACAUCGCGUACAUGAGGGAACAAUUGGAUCAAAUAGGAUUGGACUUCGACUGGAAUCGAUCAUUUGCUACGUGUGAUCCGACUUACUACAAAUGGACUCAGUCAAUUUUUCUUGAUCUCUUAGAAGCUGGACUUGUGUACCGUUCGAAUGCUUGGGUGAACUGGGAUCCUGUGGACGAGACUGUUCUGGCGGAGGAACAAGUCGAUGCGGAGGGACGAUCGUGGCGUUCCGGAGCUUUGGUCGAGCGUAAGCUUUUGAAGCAAUGGUUCAUUCGAACCACGCGAUUUGCGGAAGCGUUAUACGAAACUUUGACCGAGGGUCAGAUGGAAAGCGGUUGGCGAGAAGUUGUGCUAAUGCAAAAGCACUGGAUCGGCGUUCCCGACGGAAUCAGGGUGGAGUUCGAAGUUUGCGAAUCAUAUCUUGAGGCGAAUCCCGAUAUGGAUCCAACCAUCAGUUCUUGGACACCUGCGCCGCAUCUGUUGUUCAGAGCAGGAUUUUUGCUUCUUCAGCCAAAUCACCCCGCGGUCCAUGAUCUUGUUCUUCUUGAUCAAGGUCCUGCGUUGCAUGUUAAAAACCCUCUGACGGGUAUUGAAAUUCCAGUAUUCGUUGUUCCCGGCUACAAGAUGAAAGAAAUGUUCGACUUGGAAUAUCCAAAACAACAUGACACCUACGUCGGAUUCCCUGGAGAGAACAGGAAACACGACGAAGUUCUUCGAAAGCUUGGUGGUGAACCUGCGCCGUGGAAUGCGAUCAUUGAAUCGGAUGCUUGGAAACUGUUAUUCAAGGGCUCGAACUCACCCACGACUGCCGAAGCUACGAAAGAAAUAUGCCAGUAUUUGCUGAAGCAGCGACUUGGCGGCUAUAAAACGUCGAGUCGAUUGAAAGAUUGGCUGAUUUCUCGUCAGCGAUUUUGGGGUACGCCGAUUCCCAUCAUACACUGCAGAAAAUGUGGGGCUGUACCAGCUCCUGAACUGCCUGUGAAAUUGCCCGUUUGCUUAGCCAUGCCUAAAGGAUCAUCACCGUUGAAGCAGUUCGCUGACUGGAGUCUCCAACCAUGUCCAAAAUGUGGAGGAUCAGCAGAGAGAGAAUCCGAUACAAUGGAUACUUUCAUGGAUUCGUCAUGGUAUUACUUGCGAUAUUUGGAUCCCCAAAAUCUUUCUGAACCUUUUUCAAAGGAAGCUGUCAAGGAUUUGCCGGUUAAUAUUUACGUUGGGGGAAAAGAUCAUGCCGUGCUUCAUCUGUUCUACGCUCGCUUCCUGCACAAAUUUUUCUUCUCCGAGGGUCGUGUGUUCUGCCCAGAGCCCUUCCACGCACUGUGUCCAGUGGGACAAGUGAUGGCCCUGACGUACAAGGAGAAAGCUAGUGGACGCUACCUACCUCCUGACAUGAUCCAGACUGCCACUGAGAACUCCGAUGCCCUACUCGUGGAUAAAGUUAGUGGAGAGCCAGUGGAAGUCGUAUGGGAGAAGAUGAGUAAGAGUCGGCACAACGGAGUUGACCCGAAGGACACUACGGAGCGAAUUGGGAUUGAUACACUUCGUUUGUUGAUCUUGGAUGAUGCAGUGCCGCGAUCAGAACGACGAUUUUCUCUCCACACUUUGCCCGGCAUUGAGCGAUGGCAGAAAAGAAUAGUUGAAAUAGUCGAGGAAUUCUGUGGCGCCAGACGCGAUGCCGUCCGCGUCGGGCAAGAGAAGAAAGCUCCGUGGCUACAAUCCCGCGCUGAUCAAUCCGUUGCCGCGAAUGAUAUGCUAACUCACGACCACGAGCUGAUUCAAAUUCGAAAUAAAAUGGUCAGCAUUGUGACGCACGAAAUCGGCACAUUGAAUCGAAUAUCUGUUGCCAUUCGAAGAAUGAUGAAUAUCACGAAAGAAUUGCGGAUUCGCCCUAGAUCAGUUGUGGAGAAAUCAAAGGAAUAUGAGAAACUGCUUGCUGCUCACAUAAUCAUGUUGGCACCGUUGGCUCCUCAUCUUGCUUGUGAAUUGUGGGAUGGCAUUGCUGCCGUUCAGAAUCAUGCUGUUGAAGAUUUUGACUGGGGAACGAAUGUUCUCCUUCAAAAAUGGCCGCAAGUUGACGAUAAUUUUCCUUUGAAUUUUUACGUCUUGGUCAACGGACGUGAGAAAGUACAAGAACGAUUCCCCAAGUCUGAGCUUUUUUCUUGGUCGGAUUCCGAGGCAAUAGAAAAAGCAUUGGUGCUUCCACAAAUGGAAAUUUUGAGGACGAAAGCUAGCGAAGCUCACGUAGAUCUCAGUCACGGUGCCUGGGUUUCCCGUAGUGAUGAACACAAUGUUACGGUUCAUCUCCGAGCUGCGAACCACUUAACAUCCGGGAAGUGGGCGACGUGA